AUGUGUGAAUAUGACAACCAAACUGAUAGUAUAAUCCGAGAUCAAAUUGUCGCUUGUUGUUCUUCCACUAAACUCAGGCGUAAACUGUUGGAAACUCCAAACAUUUCCUUGCAAGAGGCACUAAAGACCGCCCGUUCACUCGAAGCCGCUGAAAUGCACGCUAAAGCCAUCGAAAAAAGCGAGAUAAGCGAAAAUAACAACCCAGAAAGCAGCUCCGAUGAACUCUCGAGUCUUCGUCAACACCGGAAGCCGAGCGACAAACGCAAAAAGGAACCGGACUGGGUUGAGCGCGCCCGGAAACAGGAACAGCAACAAACUCGGAAAUCACCGUCACAUGAGACAUGCUAUCGUUGUGGCGAACUAGGACAUCGCAUAUGUGAUAAAGCCCGAGGCAAGACAUGUAGUCGUGGCGGAAAGAGAAAUCACUUCGCAAAGGCAUGCCGAAGCACCCAGGGGCCCCCGGCACGUAAUGACGAAAUGAAUGCGUUACACCGGGGGGAGACUGCUGUUGAAUUCGCAAAGUAUGUUUCACGCGAUAGCAGCGAAGAGGAAAUUUUCACCCUACAAGCUCCCCACCCCGAUAUCAACAAAAACAAUGCUAGAAUGUCUCCCCUACUCAAUGGUUUCCCCACAACAUUGCUUGUUGACUCGGGAGCCAGCGUCAACGUGCUCCCCUUACAUGUAUACCAGAAAGUCAAACAACUGGGUUCCAAGCCGGAGCCUACGUCCACAUGUAUCUACCCAUACGGCAGCAGCCAACCUCUCAAGAUUUUGGGCGCGUGUCACAUCACUGUGGAUGCAUUUGGCAAAACGUCCUCAGUAGAAUUUGUCAUCGUCAACCAUAAGGGCACCACCAUCCUGGGCAGAGACACGUCCAUGGAAAUGGGCAUUCUUCAUGUGGGACCACCCAAUCACCAGACGCACGGCCUGCACAGCCUAGCGUCUGAGCAGGAGAACACUGCAACCGAAAUCCACACAGAUGCAGCAGCGUCCAAAGUCACACCAGAUCCUCGUCACAGUCCCUCUCCCACAACUGAACAACAAAAUCCUAUCCCUGAACCAGAAUCAUUGCCCACAUCGCUCCGACAGAAGAACAUCUUUUUCAAGUAUCGCAAGGUCUUCGAGGGACUUGGCCGCGUCAAAGGGGUUGACGUCGAAAUACGUAUGAAAAAAGAUACCACCCCUGUUGUGCAGCCCCCCCCUUCACGCGUUGCAGUUCACUUACGAGAGGCGCUGAAUAAAGAGAUCGCCAUCCAAGAGUCACUUGCCAUCAUUGAGCCAGUAGAAGGCCCAACACCUUGGGCUCGGAUUACACAGGACUGGCGCGACGUCAACGCACACGUCGAGCGAGAGAUCAGCCCAUACCCACAUUUGAAGAAGCCACAGACAAAAUGGGCGGUUCUACCAUCUGGUCAAAGCUGGUAG